UCAUGUCCGUCCUCCCCAAUUCCGGCCUCAAUCCCAUCUCCUUCCCCAAAACCUACCCCACCUCCUCCAAACCCUCUCCCCUCCCCCCCCCCCCCCCCCCCCCCCCCCCCCCCCGCCACUUCCUCCUCCUCCCCCUCCUCCGCUUCCCCCUCCUCCGACUGGUUCCGGACCCCGGCGAACUCCCCCUCCUCCCGCCCAAUCUCCACUCCCAAAGCCAAAGAGGCUGACAGCGGCGACAACAACAAGAAGAAGAAGAACAAGAAGUGGUGGUGGUGGUCUCGAGACAGGGAGAGCUACUUGGUCGACGAUUCUGAGGCCCUCCCUCUUCCCAUGACUUAUCCCGACUCGUCUCCGGUCACCGCCGAUGAGAUCGACAAGCGGCUGCGCUGCGAUCCGCAAGUCGAGGAUUGUAGGGAGGUGGUCUAUGAGUGGACGGGCAAGUGCCGGAGCUGCCAGGGGACGGGAUGGGUGAGCUAUUAUAGUAAGAAGGGGAGGGAGACUGUUUGCAAGUGCAUUCCUUGUCUUGGGCUCGGAUAUGUUCAGAAAAUAACAGCGAGAAAGGACAUAGACGUGAUGGAAGAUCUUGAUGAUGGAAAACCUCCUUGAUAAAACAAUGAUACUCGCUGGUAAAUUUUCGUUAGGCUGCAAACUACUUGAUGGAGGCAAUGAAUUUUUUUUCUUGAACCAAGUGAAGAGAUGCCAAUUUAACAGCAGGAAAACAUACAUCAUUCUUAUUCAAUAUUGUUUACCAUAUAUGAAGCCUUAUGUUUAUUGACAUUACAUUGCACAAAGUGAGGAUGACAGAAAAUGUGGUAUUAA